AUGCUUGAUUAUCGGUUGUCUGUUUUUCCUAAGGCAACGGCACCGGUUCCCACACCCGACCAAUCUGCAUUGGCUUCUGAUGACACGGAGCAAAUUUGCGUGAGUCUGGAUUAUGUUCCCGAUCGUGGUCAUAUGCUGUGGUCACGUUGGGUUCUCAUUCUUGCCUGUCUCGCCCAACUCCUCUCUGCGUUCGGCGUCAUUGGCUGUCAUGCGAUGGAUUUUUCUGAGGACACGAAGUUGGAAGUGGGAGUAUCUCUUGGAAUAUUGGCUUUUGGGAACAUCUUUGGUGCGGUUACUCUUUAUCUAUUCCUUCAUCAAUUUGCUGGCUUAUAA